GGAAGGAGGAAACCUGGAGGGAUGAGAGAUUGCUACAAAACAACAGGAAUCACAUUGGAUAGACAUUCCAUCGCUUAGCUAUGGCUACAAAGACAGAGCAGUGAGAGUGGACGUUUUCCUGACAUGUUGGUUGACUAAUAUACACCUAGCUGGUCCUAGAUCCGCUCAUCGAAGUUUUGGCUGAAGAAGUUUAACGUUAACAGCGGUACGGCUAGCCAUUAACGUUAUCACCGGGCUGACACACAACAAAGAGAGAAACCAUGGUGUCCUGGAUGAUUUCGAGAAGCGUUGUGCUGUUAUUUGGGACUCUGUAUCCUGCAUACUACUCUUACAAAGCUGUCAAGACAAAAAAUGUUAAGGAAUAUGUGCGAUGGAUGAUGUACUGGAUUGUGUUUGCCCUCUACACUGUGGUGGAGACCAUCACUGACCUAACACUGGCAUGGUUUCCUCUGUACUACGAGCUGAAGAUAGCCUUUGUGAUCUGGCUGCUGUCCCCCUACACCAGAGGAGCAAGUCUCAUUUACAGGAAGUGUCUGCACCCUCUGCUGUCCUCCAGGGAGAGGGAAAUAGACGAGUAUAUUGUGCAGGCCAAAGAGAGGAGCUAUGAGACCAUGGUCAACUUUGGCAAGCAGGGACUGAGCAUCGCAGCCACCGCUGCUGUCACUGCAGCUGUCAAGGGUCAGGGUGCCAUCACAGAGAAGCUGCGUAGCCUGAGUAUGCACGACCUGACACAGAUCAACCAGCAGGAUGAUGCAGGGAACCAGCUCUACCCCUACAGCUCCAAGUCUGCCAACCCCGCCAUCAGGAGAUCUCAGAGCACUGACGCUGGAGACGGAGACUACUACUAUGACCAGGAUGAGAGGAGUGAUGAAGAGGCUGAGCCAACCUUCUCUGAAGACGAGGCAGUGACCCAGAAAGGACUGAGACGAUCGCAGAGUGUCAAGAUCACACGAUCCAGAGUCCGCAAAGAUGCUCGUUAUGGAUCCCUGAAGAUUAAAGGCAAGAAGAGACCAGCACUGAGCUCCGUGAACUACGGACUGUGAAAAGAACACUGCAGACACACACUCACAAACACGCACAGCAGAGCAAUCUGCUGAUUGGUGGUAUUCCAGCUCUACUCAGUCUGACUUUUCACUCUGCUGAAGUCUUUUUAUCUCUUUGAUGAUGAGCUUUCUUCUGACAUAUUUAUUACUUAAUUAAUCCAAAAACCUGUGACUCUUUGAGAACUUUUUAUUUGGGUUGAUGGCAUUGAUACAUUUUGCAUGGACUUGUGUGUUUCAUCUGUUGUUCACUAGAAUAGUAGUUUUUAGGUGUGAUCUUAUAUAUGUGUAGUCUUUUUAAAUUUUAGAUACAUUCUCUCCACUUGAGUCUUUUGAUUUUAAUUUCAUACCACAAGUUUUUUGGUGCCACUAAUAAGGCUUUAAUAAAGAGUCAAUGGCUUAACCUAAAAGUAAAAAGGUUUACUAUGCAAAAUUUACCUAAAAACAAUAUGUACAAAAGUAAUCACUCUCAAUCAUCACUUAUGACCCACUAGAAGUAUGCUGCAGUGUCUGUAUCUGCAGUAGUCCUGCAAAGCUAGACCUUCCUCCACAGCACUGUGUCAGUGCUAGAAAGGUCUGCAUGCACCCAUUAUCGUUCUGCUAUAUGGGCAAAAACACUCCGCCUUUUUUGUGUUUCUGUAUACCCAGUGUGAGGGACAAUUCCUGGCUAGUGUGACUUUAAAUCAUAUACUAAUGCUUAAUAGCUUUGCUAUAAGACAUUAAUCAGAACAACUUUGAGUUACUGGGGUGUGAAUGUUUGUCCUCCACUAAAACUUGCUAUAUCUUUUUAGCUUUUUAAUUCGUCAAGAGGUCUCUCCCACUAAAACAUGUUUUCUUUCUUUAAAAGCAGCAGCACAUCUAGAGAUUCAGGGUCUCACCCGUUUUUUUGUGCAUAGACGUAGUUUUCAGCAAAAAUCCACAGUAAAUUGAUGUUUGGACGUCAUACUGGCAACAUUACACCUUUUCAUUAUAUGUCUACAUGUGUAGAAUAUGUCACAGACAUUAAUUCAAUACUUCUGGUUUCCAUUUCAAAAUGAAAGCCAUGUAGCAUUUUUGUGGACGGGAUCCCUUAUUUUUUUAACACAAGGCUUUUAUUCUGAAAUUAAAAUUUUGUUUUGAAAUUUUUAAACAGUGAAUUGCACAGCUACAUAAAUCAGUGGAGUACUGGCUUUUAUUUGUUUAAAUAUGAGGGUAGAAAUUAAAUGAUACAUUCUAUUAUUUAUGGACAUUAUGAAAGCCAAACUCAGUGUUAAUGACAGGCAGUGCAGCAGGCGAAACACUGUCUGUGUGAACAUCAUGUGCAUUUUCCAGUGCUAUAAACAUUUGAUUAUUAGGAAGUGAUGCCCAUGAGCCCUUUUUAAAGCCGCAUUUAGGGAAGUUAUUCCAUUUUUGCCUUAAUUGGUUGUUAGUUUAGCGCCUUAUAGCGUUUUUGCCCUCAACUUCACUGUUUUUGUUCAAACAAAUUUACCAACUACCUGCUGAGGAAAGUGAAUAUGAAACAUUUUUAACUGCAAACAUGAUACCGAAAUGAAGACAUUUUCACAACCAAGCAAUUCAAAAGUUGUUUCAUUAUUGGUUAAUGAUUGAUCUGUCCUUAGUAAAUUAUUUUAUUACCCAUUUGGUAAGCUAUUAGUUUUUCCGCUUAAAAACCCUUAAUCAAGAAUACUUUAUUAUAACAUUGCUUUGGCUGCCUGUUAUGUAUUUUAUCAGUGAGGAAGUUGUUCCAAGAUGAAGCUCUGACACUAGUGUUGUUGUCCAUUCACCUCUCUAUGGCUAAAUAUACUAAUGGAGACUAUUUUAACCCUGAGGGACACAUGCAGGUUCAGACACAUGUAACAUUCCCUUGAGAGUCGCAGUGGGAUACCAGCAGCUCCAACAUGAACGUUUGAACUUUAGGAGAGAGUGGCAUAGACUUGAGCCUGUCUUAGUGAAAUACACUUGAACACCAGCAGAUGAACACUAUCCCUCAUUCCAGUCAGAGGGGGGACUGUCAACAACAAUGAAGAGAUAGAAAGGGAAGAGAAAACCAAAUGAAUAAAACAAAGUGAUUCUUCCAGGUUUCACUGUGUACAUUUUGCCUUUAUAAAGGCUCAGAACUCCCUCACUAUUAAUGAUGAUUUUCUAUUUUCCUGCUUUUUACUCAUGUAUUUUUAUAUGUGUGUCCUGAUCACACCCCUGGUUGUAAAUAUCUAGCUGUAUUUCUUAGUACCAUUGAAGAUUUAAAUGUUAUUUUGUGUGAGUGUGUGUUACCUUUGGAUUGAAAGAAGUCUUUUGUAUGUAACCACCUGUUUUUGCACAUAUACCUCCUCCCAAACCUUUUUAUCAAUGCUGUUUUUGCUUGUCAUCUCAUUUUAUAUUGUACCUUGCUGUGGGAGGAUGCAGCACAUAAUGAGCCUAACCAUUCUAACACCAACGGCCUCUCAUGACAUUUUAAAGUUUGGCUUGUUCUUCUUGUCGGUGCGAUACUGCUGAUGAGCUGUGGCUCAAAUACUUUCUACAGUUUAGAUUAGAUAUAAAAGGCUUUUUAUGUGAUUUCUGUCAGCCUGCUUCUGAUUUAGCAGUGCUGGCAGGCUAAUGACCCAGUACUCACAAA